AUGCAAGUUCAACAAGUCGUCGCCUCAUUCUUAGCUUCAUCAUCAUUAUUUGGUACUCAACAAGAAUCAAACGCUGUUGCUAACAACGAUUUUGCCGUUGUUCGUGGUCACAAUAAAGUUGUUUCUAACGGUUCAAACAAUUCAAAUGGUUCAAACUCAACCUCAUCAUCAAUCAACGGUGCUGCUUUAGCUUCAGGUAACGGUGCUGUCUUAGCUGCUGGUGUUGCUGGUUUAGCUGCUUUCUUAUUAUAA